AUGGAGAGAUGCGUCAUAAACGUCGUCGUUGCCACGGUUGGAGGUGGGCCAGAGGUAAAACUGGUGGUCGUGCAGGCUGACAGGGGAGUACUGUCACUGACGAAUACACAGCAGCCUGAGACGGCGCCGCAGCGAGGACAACAACGUGAUGAUGAGGAGGCGAGUUAUACGUGUGUGUGUCUGUCUGUGUGUGAGGCGGUUCGGCGGACGGCUGUUUUCGGCCGGCCGGAACAGAACGCGAGCGGAGUGGCCCUGACACCAGAAGCGUUGCGUCAACUUCACUUCGCCUUCGUUCGCACACAGCACAUCAGAGAUACCUGCAGUGAUCAUCGACGAUCGGCUGGCUCCGCAUGGUACCAAGUUCUGUGCAGCAACAUGCCAUUAUUUCAGCUAUUUGUCUAUUGUUCAGCGGCCAGCCACACGCACACAUUCGCGACCGACAGCCGACUGACGGACGGCCCAGCCCAACCGGUAGUCGAACAACAACCCACCUGGUCUGUUGGUCCUUGUGUGUGUCUGUCGGUUUCGGUCUCCUCUGCCUUUACCCCAACCGCCUCGGAACAACACCCAUAUGAAGCACGCCUGCUACCGUUGCAGGCUCUGGUUUUGUCACGGUUCGUCGCCGUCGACCAUCGUAAGUCAUACCAUAGGGGUUCGCUGUCCGCCACGUGA